CUCAAAGUUGAACUUGAAAGAUCGCAAAAAAAUGCGAGCACCGGUAUUGCGAAAGGCUAUUGAUAAAAUUCUAUUCAUUUGUCAAAACACUGGAGUGUAUAACACGCAUUUCUGCUCGCAAGUGAAACUUAGUGAGCCGAGGUGGAAGGUUGAGAAACUAAAGAUCCUUAACUUAUCGCCCGAAGAAAAAAAAAUUAAGUACAAUAAGAUGUCGGUCAUAACUGUAGAUAUGGUUGACCCUUGGAACAACUACGUGAUAAGAAAUACUAACGUAGAGAAAAGGAAGCAUACCCUGGACGAUGUUACUGAGUUUAAUAAGUUUAAAAUCGAUAACCAUCAGAACAAGAGUUUGGCCGAAAAGGUUUCAUUGUAUAAAGGCGACAUUACAAGUUUGGAGGUAGGUGCUAUAGUGAAUGCAGCCAACUCCAGGCUGAAGGCUGGCGGUGGUGUGGAUGGAGCCAUUCAUAGAGCAGCUGGUCCUCAUCUACAGGAGGAAUGUAACACCCUCGGCGGUUGUCCAACGGGAGAAGCUAAGAUCACAGGGGGAUAUAAUCUACCCGCUCAAUAUGUAAUCCACACGGUAGGACCGCAAGAUGCAUCGCCGGCGAUGCUAAAGAAAUGUUACGAAAACUCCUUGGCGUACCACAAGUCACACAAAAUUACUACUAUCGCUUUUCCGUGUAUUUCUACCGGUAUCUAUGGGUUUCCCAAUCGUCUAGCCGCCCACAUCGCGCUCCGGACUACGCGUGAAUUUCUAGAAAAAAAUGAUCAAAUGGAACGCGUAAUUUUUUGCACCUUCAUGCCUAUUGAUGUUGAAAUAUAUGAAACUUUGAUGCAAAUGUAUUUUCCUGUUCAUGAUUGGAAUUAUGCUGAUGAUGCUAGAACUGAAGUCUAAUGCUUGAAUAUUUGUAUUGUAAACCUUUUUUGUGGUGAACCUAAUAAGAUUUGUAACUUUUUCUUGUUGGAUGAAAUGUGUAGCUCAUUGUUAUUAUAUUUUGAAGACUGUCCAUGUUAUGAAAGUAACUAAAUGUUGCAAUAAAUUCGACUGUAAAAUGAAAGUGGUAUUUAAUACCUAAUCGAGGGAUGUUUGUUAAAAAAUGGUUUUGGUUUCCUUGUUUCCUUUGCUCGUAUAAAAGUGUUUUAUGAA